ACCUUGCUGCUUCGCUUUUCGUCUCCUAGUAGCAGAGCGUUAGAGAUUGUUUUGCUCUCUUCUUCUUUUUCUUCUUCUUCUCGCUAAUAAUCACUUUUCUCAUUUUCAUUAAUCAUCAAAUCCCUCUCUUUAAGGUUCCGUGACACUUGAGUUAUCAUCAGCCUGAGUUCUUGAAUCCUCGGAACCUGAUCAUUUUGAUGAACUUGUGGUAGCAAUUGUGUGAAGGUUUAACGCAUGAAGAAACUAUUCUUUUUCAAAUCUUCUGCAUCUAGCAGUGGAAGCAACAAUGCAGCUCCACCAAAAUCAACAAAUAAGCAAAUGGCCUGGGACAAUUUUUCAGACAGUGGAAUGAAUAACCAGGGUCAGGAUUAUUUCCAGGGAUCCAAGGGCUUGUUCUCCAAAUCUCGAAAGCAAGUAUUUGAUAGCCAGAGUUCUUGUGGAGGUCCUGGCCUUAGAAGGAGCAGGUCAUUGUCGUCAUCUUCCCACCAGUUCAAAGAUCCAACUAGGUCUCCUUCAAGUAGCAUUGCUAGUGAUCCCUAUCAUCAAUUUGAGCAUUCAUCUCGUUGUCAGGCUCUUAACUUUGAGAAGCAAAAGCGGGACAAGCCAACACAAUUUGCAGCAUCUUCCGUCCAAAAUUCGCACAGAUACGAGAGACCAGGGUCUACUAGCUCCUCAAGAUCUCAUCAUGAAUCAUCUGGGAACUCUUCCACUUGUUCUAGCAACAUUUCAAGUAAGAUUGUGGAUCGUUAUAUUGAUGGUGAGCAGCAGCCUGAGGAAAGUAGAGCCAGGAACAAUUCCCAAAGAAAUAGUACUAGACAUGGAAAUUAUGGUAUGAAGCUUCCUCCAAAAGUUCAGCAUACUGCACCUAAUUCACCCACUCAUGGAGUCAAAGACAAACCCAGGGCUCAUUCAUUUAGAGAACCAAAAGUUACUCGUCUUCGUUUGUCAUCCCGAGAUUGGACGGAAGAUGUGCCUGGACAAGAAUCUCCAAGGAGUCUUGCAAAGAAUGUCAUUGAGAGACUUUCUCAGUCUUGUGAUCUUGCUAAAACAAGUUCAAAGGAUUUUAAUUUUGAUAAUCCAAUCACAAUUGAAGAUAUCUAUGCUAGAUCUGUGAAUGGACACUAUGACUCUGAUUUUGACGAUGCUCUGCCAAAAGUUGAUUUGUUGGAUGAAUCCUGCAGAAUGACAAAUGGCUAUCAUGGCAUGGAUGGUGAUUGCGAGGGUGUAAGCUGUGAUGAACCUGAAGAGGAUGCAGAGUUAAUGAGAAGAUCAAAGGAGGCUGAGGAGAGGGUUAUUCUAUUUUCAAAGAAAUUGGAACGAGAAAACUUUUUCCCUGAUAGUGGUUAUGAUCUGCCAUCACUGGUUCAGACAAUCAGAAAUCUACUAGAGGAGAAAACAAGCUUGGCUCUGGAAGUAUCUACCCAUCUAAGGUCUCGAAUUGCUGACAGAAAAUCUGCCAAGGAAGAACUUAGAUGCGUAAAGACAGAACUGGAGUUUCGGACUCGAAGACUAGAAAAAGAAAAGAAUGAGAUGCAGUCAGCAUUGGAAAAGGAAUUGGACAGGAGGUCAAGUGACUGGUCAUUUAAACUUGAGAAGUACCAGUUAGAAGAGCAAAGGCUUCGUGAACGAGUUAGAGAGCUUGCAGAGCAGAAUGUAUCACUUCAAAGGGAAGUCUCCUCUUUUAGUGAGAGGGAAAUGGAAAGCAAGAGUCUGAUGGCAUACUCCGACCAACAGCUGAAGGGAUUGACUGAUAUGACAGAGAAAAUGAAACAGGAGAUUAUGGAUUUGCAGCAAAAUCUCUUAGAACUACAAGAGAAAUGUAAGCUAGCAGAAGAAAAUAGGGACUGCAUCCUGAGAAAUUUUGAAGAGAAGGAGACGGAGUGCAAAGAGUUACAUAAAUCCCUAGCAAGAUUAUUAAGAACUUGCAGUGAGCAAGAGAAGACAAUAACAGGAUUACAAGAUGGGUUUAGUGACAACCUUCACAAGAACCAGCCUAUGGAGAGUGUCGAUAAGCACAUUGCAAAAAUGCAAAUGGAGCAAAUGAGGUUAACAGAAGUAGAAUUGACCUUGAGAAGGGAGUUGGAGUCUAGCAGGUUUGAGGCAGAUUCUCUUCGCCAUGAGAAUAUAAUACUUUUGAACCGAUUAAAAGGUGAUGGCAAAGAAUGUGUUGCUGCUACUUAUCGACUAGAUAAAGAACUGUGGGCCCGCAUCUACUGCCUCCAGAAUCAGGGCCUAACAAUGCUAAAUGAAAGUACAUACUUAUGUUCAAAGUUACUGGAACUAGUCAAAGGGAAAGGAGGCCAUCUUCGCCGAAAUGUCCACCUGGAUCUAGAAGUGAUUGGAAGUGGUUUGGAUGGGCAAUUCAUUGUUGAAUCUGAAACUAAAAUUCAGGGACUCAAAAAUGGCACUGAGGGUUUAACAAGGAGUUUGCAGAUGAUGUCUUCUUUGUUGAAAGAAAAGUCCAAUCCAUUGACUUCUAAAUUUCAAUCAGAGUGUAUAGAUGUUGAUAAAUUAGCUAAACUGAAUGAUCUUUCGUCUGAGGAUAUUAUAAGAACUGAACUUAAAGCAGAAUGUCUGGUAACAAGUUUAUUAAGAGAGAAGCUGUACUCUAAAGAGCUCCAAGUUGAGCAUAUGCAAGCUGAACUUGCUACAGCAGUAAGAGGAAAUGACAUUCUUAGAUCUGAGGUACAAAAUGCGUUAGACAAUCUUUCAAGUUCAACCCACAAGUUAAAGGACCUUGAACUUCAGAUGUUGAAGAAAGAUAACAGUAUAAACUGCCUUCAAAGCGAUCUACAAGAGGCUAACAGGGAAUUAAGUAGCACGAAGGGAAACUUAUCCCGAGUGUUAGAAGAGAGAGAUAUCAUGGGGAAGCAAGUGAAGCAAUUUAAGGAGCAGAAUAUGCUGUUGAACGCUGAGGUCAAUGUAUUGAAGACGAAGAUAGAGACACUUGAUGUACAUAUACUUGAGAAGGAAGGUCAAAUAGAUAUCUUGAGAGACGCCCUUGGCGAAAAUUCCUUUGAUCUCCUUGGAAGCUCCGAUUCUAUGCAUGAAUUUUUGGCGUAGUUGAUUACUAUAAUAGCUUGUUUUCUCGUAGGCAAUUUCUUUGUUCAUAGUCACUUACAUCUGUGAAUGAGUCUCUUUUUCUUCCCCCCGUUUCUUUUAAUUUGUUUCACAUCAUUUUUCUUUAUAUAUAUUAUAUGAAAGUGUAAGAUCGGACAGAGAAGUUAAAGAAUACAAAGAUCCGUUUUCCCCUCCCUCGAGGAAU